AUGCAGUCUCAGAGCAGUUCUGGCGGUACCAGUGCUGCCCCGGCACAGCCGCCAUCAAAGGGCAACGCAGCCGCGCCAAAGCUCAACAAUGAGCUGGAGCUCGGUGACAUGCCUGGCAGCGGGCCUUCCGAGCCUGACAUUAUGAAUCUUGCAAGGACAGGUGACAUUUCCGGCAUGCAGAAACUGCUCGAGGCAGGUAACCUGGACGCCCCGUACACGGACGCAGAGGGGAUCACACCUUUACAUUGGGCUGCCAUCAAUAACCAGUACGCCAUGUGCAAAUUUCUCCUCGACAGCGGCGCGCCUAUCAAUAAGAAAGGCGGCGAGUCCGUCGCCACCCCUCUGCAGUGGGCCGCCCAGCGCUGUCACUAUUACACCGUCCACCUCCUCCUCCAGCACGGUGCCGACCCCCUCAUUACCGACUCUCAGGGUUAUAAUACGCUGCAUAUCAGCACCUUUAAUGGAAACGUCCUGUUGCUUGUGCUUCUGUUGCAUCAGGGCAUCCCCGUCGACGUCGUUGACGGGUUCGGCCAUACCGGCCUCAUGUGGUCUGCAUACAAGGGUUUUCCGGCAUGUGUUGACCUCUUCUUACGGUGGGGUGCCAAUGUUGAGGCCCAGGACGAGCAAGGUUUCACCGCGCUACACUGGGCUCUGGUCAAAGGCAGUCCCGGUUGUAUCCAAAAAAUUAUCGAGUACGGCGCAGACCGCUUCGCCAAGACGGCCACGGGCAAGACACCAGCCAUUACAGCACAGGAACUGAAUACAGUUACGGCAUGGCACAGGGGGCUGAAGGAGAGCGGAUACGACGAGGACGGCAGCCCAGAAAUACCAACAUUCCCUGGGGCCAUCUACUUUUCGAAAGAUCGGCGGGGAUUUGUCACCAAGCUCUUGUUUCUUUGGCCCUUUGUGAUCAUUUGGGCCGUGAUUGCCUUGCUUGCUGGUUUGCCCAUUUUUGCUGGUGUGCCAUUAUCAUUCCUCACUGGUUAUAGUAUGCAAUGGGUAGCCCAGAAGGUCGUUCAUUAUGCGCCCCCCGACAUGCGCCAACUGCAAAAGACCCCAUGGCUUUCCGGAAUUUUCGCUGGAUCCUUGUUUCUCGUCGGCGUGAAUUGGUUGACUAAUGUACUGCCGGCAACGACCUGGCAAGCCAAGACCCAGGACGAUACGAACUGGGCGAUAAACUUUUGUUUUGCACUCUUCUACUCCAUGGUCACAUAUUUCUACGUUGUUUGCAUGGUUUCUGAUCCGGGCUUUGUUCCCAAGCUCAACGGCAUUGCAGAGCAGAAGGCCGUCAUCGACGAACUAAUUGCGGAAUGGAAGUUUGACGACUCCAACUUUUGCGUGACUUGCAUGAUCCGAACGCCACUGCGCAGCAAGCACUGCCGUCGCUGUCAACGUUGUGUUGCAAAGCACGAUCACCACUGUCCAUGGGUGUACAACUGCAUUGCUGUCAAUAACCACAGACAGUUUUUUCUCUAUUUGAUCAACCUCACCAUUGCAAUUGUCAUACAUGAUUGGAUUGUUUAUUGCUACCUUUCCUCUCGAUCUGCAGACACGUCUGAUCUGUGCAACAUUCUCUCCCCCUCUCUGUGCAAGGUCGCCAACGCCGGGACAUUUACUCUUCUUGCUGCCGUCUGGGCGACUUUGCAGUUGUCGUGGGUGUCUAUGCUUUUGUUUGUACAGUUCAUUCAGGUCUCACGCGCCAUGACAACAUACGAGAACAUGUAUGGUAUCGAUCGCCAUGCAGCUGGCUCUCUGACUUCGGCGUUCACGUCAACAGGGGCACCGCUAAAUCCCAACCACCCAGAUGCCAUUCCGCCUUCCGGUGCUACAGGAACACCCGACAGCAGCGGGCGCGGAUCGCACGGCCAUCACCAUCACGGCCACGACCAUGGUGGAUUUCUCAAGCAAUGGAGCCGAAUUUUGGGUGUGGACACCUUCAUCGAAACCGCGACUGGUCGUGGGGCAGCAACAGGCAAACAGAAAAAGCAGCGAAAAAACCCGUAUUCGCGUGGGUGUAUUACCAAUUGUAAGGACUUUUGGUGUGAUCCAGCUCCAAUCUUUGGCCACCGGGAGACUGGUGCUGCGGUGCUAGGCGGCAAAAAUAUCAACUACACCGAAAUGUACGAGUCCCCUACACUAAUGGAACUCUCCAGGGUGCGGAAAGGUGGCGAGAGAGGUGCUUACGAGGCUGUUGCUGUAGAGGAGGUGUGA